GCGCGCCCUUCCCUUCCGGGCGCGAGAGUUAGUUUACUUGUGCGUAUCCUUCCGAGAGGCGGUUCUCACGUUGGGUUCUCCAAGCCGCAUUCGUAUGGGCCGUGAUAUUCUCGUAGCUAGUAGUAGAUCGUUUGCCUUUUGCCCGCCGAACUUGGGCACUGAUCGUCAGUGAGAUAGGGCUGAUGCUGAGGGGGUGUUCCGCGCCUGCAAGGAAGAUUCUUGGCGCUCGUACUCUGAGCUCAGUUCUAAUGCGUACGUGAACCCGUCCGGACGUGCCGUUGGAUCGGUAGAUCAUUACCGUGUAACCCAAGUUCUCUGUAAACAAAGACUUGUGAUCGUGCGUGUUUCAAUUACAACGAACGAGUGUGCAGGAAAGCGCGUUUGGUGGCGUACCUUGUAAAUUGAAUCAAUUCCUGUUCAGUGUCGCGAUCGCGUCUGCUCGCCAGUUGUGUCAAUUUUAAUUCAAUUUAGUCACUUGAGGUGAUCCGAAGAAUUUUAUGGCAGUAUAUGAUAAGAAAUCAUCCACGUGCAGUUUGUUGGCGACUAGAAGAGGGGCUUUUUUUGCAGUUUCAUCGAUAACCGGGGUCCAGUGACGGCGGUGUCCAUAAUUGUAGCUAUUGCUUACGGAUGUAUACUAAUAACUCAGACGGGCCAUCCUGCUUGUUGAUAGCGUUCCGAAAACAAUAGCUGAUUGCAAAAAAAAGUGAUCGUACCGGUGCUCUCUAAUGAGACUUUGAUUGAGUGAUAGCGAUCACUCCUUCGAGUCGGAACUCCCGAGUGGUAGUGGAAAAACCGCGAUUGGUUGUGCUGUGUAUUGUGUGCGUUUUACAAUAAUAACAGAGAUAGUGAGGAAGGCGUGUGCCCUGAGCUUAUGAUUAUAAAUCGAUUCGGCUAAUUUGGGAAGGUUGUAAAUAGUACUGGCGGAGGAAAAAAUGGAUAUAACUUUUAACAACAUUUACUACACCGUUUCGGUGGGGAAAAAAGACAAGAAGACCAUCCUGAAUGGGGUUUCGGGCAGGUUCAACUCCGGCGAGCUGACAGCGAUUAUGGGCCCAUCGGGGGCUGGAAAAUCCUCGCUGCUGAACAUCCUCACCGGAUACACGAAGGCUGGUGUCAAGGGUUCGCUCAACAUUGGUGGUUCCGUCGACGGCAGCAAAUUGUGCAGCUACAUUCUGCAGGAGGAUAAUCUUCAUCCGUUUUUCACCGUCCAGGAGAUAAUGAUGAUGGCGUGUGAUUUGAAAAUAUCAUCACGCUUUCUGAAGCACAUCGACAAGGAACGAUUGGUUGACAGCAUUCUCGACACAUUGCAUCUCAAGUUCACCAAAAUGACGCGAUGUGGGAAUCUCUCCGGUGGACAGAAGAAGCGACUCUCAAUUGCCCUUGAGCUCAUCGAUAAUCCGCCGGUACUUUUCCUGGACGAGCCAACAACUGGUUUGGACAGUUCGUCAUCGCUCUACACCAUCAAGCUGCUGCAGGGUUUAGCUCGGGAGGGUCGCACAAUCGUUUGCACCAUCCAUCAGCCAUCAGCUACCGUAUUCGAGAUGUUUGACCACGUCUAUGGCCUCGCCGAGGGGCACUGUGUCUACCAAGGCUCUUCACUCAACAUCGUUCCAUAUCUGCGCUCGGUUGGCUUGCAGUGUCCCCAGUAUCACAACGCUGCCGAUUAUCUGCUGGAGGUGGCGAACAAAGAAUACGGCAAUUUCAUUAACGCUCUCUCGAAAGCGGCCAUCGACUGUCACUGGCGGAAGCCACAGUCCUGUAUAGCAGCAACCACUCUACCUCAUUAUCUGGCGUUCGACAGCAAUCACAACGGGGGGACGGUUUAUCACAGCACCGUGUUCGGAGCUGAUAGCGAUUGCAGCAAACAACAGAAACAUUCCCGAAUGCGACGGCCUUCCGAAUUCACCAAACUGUUGAUCCUGAUGAAGCGAUGCAACGUGCAGCUCUACCGCGAUUGGACGGUAACCCACCUGAAACUGUUCGUUCACGUUGUGUGCGCAAUCGUGGUUGGGUUGCUUUUCGGCGAUUCCGGUGUUAACGGGACGAAGGGGGUUUCGAAUAUCGCCUCCUUUCUGGUUCACGUGCUGUAUUUGUGGUACACAACCCUGAUGCCAGGUGUGCUUAAAUUUCCGUCCGAAAUGAAGAUCCUAAGAAAAGAAUCGUUUAACAAUUGGUACAAGAUACGAACUUAUUUCAUAGCGUCCAUGUUGACUACGCUACCUGUGCAGAUUUUCUUCUCAGUCGUUUAUAGUACGAUAGUAUUCACCCUUACUUCGCAGCCGUUAGAAUACGACCGGUUUCUAAUGUUCCUUGCUGUUCUGAUACUGACCACGAUUGUUGCCGAUGGAUACGGCAUCUUUCUAGGAACGUUUCUUAAUCAAAUAAACGGAACCUUCAUCGGUGCUAUCACGACGUGUUAUAUGUUGGUAUUCUGUGGUUUCCUCAUCAUGUUUAGUCACAUGUCGGAGCUGAUGAAAGCCUUCAGCUAUCUGUCCACGCUGCGGUAUGGUUUGGAGGCACUGGUGCUGGCGAUGUACGACAAUGGCCGCUCCAAUAUGGUUUGCCCGGAGGAAGAGAUGUACUGCCAUUAUGUAAAGGCAUCCACCAUCCUGAAGGACCUCGGGAUGAAACCAACGAAUUAUCUCUUCAACGUGGUAAUGUUGACACUGCAGUUUAUCGGCAUCAAGUUGGUCGGAUUCUGGUCGCUGAAGAGGAAACUGAAAAGCGGUUGAGCGUGUGCCGGUCAGAAGCCGAGAAGGCGACGGAUGGCCAAAACUAUUUCUCGAAGAUAGGAGAUCACAGGAGCAAUUCUCGAGUAGGUUAGCGUAGCAGAAUAAUAACCGAGGUGGGCCUAUGGACACAAACAUACGAGGAAGGUAUUGCAGACAACAUUCACAUUAUUUUUAAGAUACGGCGAGAGGGAUAAACCACUAUUUAUGUUGUGGCAUUCCAAACCAAUUUACUGUGGAAAACACAACGCAAGUACAAGAGAAAUAAAGUUGUGACAUAUAGAAAGAAAGUGCACUUACCUACAUUGUAGUAAAUUAUGAAUAGCUUUAAAUGGAGAAUGUGAUAUACGAAGAUGAAUGUACUUUAAAUAUAUUUACCAGUGAAAAAUAAACCUAUAAGUUGCUUUUGCACAUUUUAAUAAA